ACCAAAUAAGCAUGCUUUCUAGUUUCUGCUAACCUCAAGCGUAAUAGAGUCAGAUACUCGGGUGAUUGUUUUCACUGCAAACUCUAGUAAGAAAUUCAGACUCGGUGGAAUUGAUGAUAAAGCAAAAUUUGUAAAAAUGAAUGAAAAAGAAAGUGAGAAAAAUGGAAGGGCCCAGGAAGUUCAACAGACUUUAUUCCAGAGUGCCAUGAAAGUCACCAAAUAUUCUAAUGAAUUACCCGGUAGUGGAUCAGACUGGGAUUAUUACCAAAGUUAUCCUGCAUAUGCCAGUGCCAUGAAAGAAUUUGGUGGACGAAUAACAAAUUUGAUGACAAAAAUUUAUGGACACUAUGGACUGACAGGCAAAGUGGGAAAAUUGGACUUGGAAGAACAAAUGGAACUUGUGUCGGAUAGCAAUGAUGUCCUGAUGGAGAGAAUAAACCUUUCUCUGGAUGAAGCUGCUGGACUAAAAAAACAAGCAGAGACUGUUGUUGUUGAAAUGAUGGCAAAAACUUCAAACAUUAAUGGUAGUUGGAAUCGGCACUCAGUGAGCUCAACGACAACAUACAAACUUCUUUCAGCCAAAAAUAUACUGAGACCUCAGUUAAAAUUCAAAGAGAAAAUCCGAAACUCUCCUGGGCCAUUUGUCCCAAAAAUCAAAGAGAAACCUCAUUCAUUGAAACCUUUAGCGAUAUUAUUGGAACUGAAUGAUUUAGGAGACGAGGAGUUUAGUCAUCCUUACGAAUUUGAACUAGAACGUUUCACACCGCAUCCAAAAUUCUUGACAGUAGCUGAUGAAGUGGCACCCUUCUCCAAAGUCAAAGACACUCCCCUUGUAAUGGUCGAAACAGAAGAAGCUUUAAAAAGUCUCAUAAAUGACUUGCUUAUGGAAUCUGUGAUUGCUGUUGAUCUUGAGGCACAUUCAUAUAGAUCGUUUCAAGGCAUAACGUGCUUAAUGCAAAUUUCGACAAACAAGUGCGACUACAUUGUUGACACUCUAGAACUGUGGGAUCAUUUACAACCCUUGAACGAAGUAUUCUGUAAUCCGAAAAUUGUCAAGAUAUUCCACGGAGCUGAUAUGGAUAUUCAAUGGCUUCAAAGAGAUUUCGGCAUUUAUGUGGUUAAUCUUUUCGACACUUAUCAAGCCGCAAAACUUCUUGGUUUUGCACAGCUGUCAUUGGCUUUCAUCCUGCGUCAUUAUUGCCAAAUCGUUGCCGACAAACAGUAUCAGCUGGCUGAUUGGCGAAUUCGUCCAUUGCCCGAGCAGAUGGUAAACUACGCUCGAGAAGAUACCCACUACUUGGGAUACAUCUAUGAAAAAAUGAAAAAGGAUCUAAAGGUGAAGGGGACGGGUGAUAAUCUCUUAACAGCCGUAUGGAAUAAUAGCCGACUCGUCUGCCUGAAACGUUACAGGAUUCCGCCAAUUACUGCGGAAAGUCACAUUGAGUUGUACAGACUCAGCAAGAAAAUUUUCAACGAACGACAGUUGUACGCUCUUAAGGAGAUAUUCGCCUGGAGAGAUCGAGUGGCUCGCGAAGAGGAUGAAAGCAUUGGCUUUGUUUUGCCCAAGCACAUGAUGUUGCAAAUUGCCGACGUCCUUCCUCGAGAGAUGCAGGGCAUUCUUGCCUGCUGCUCUCCCAUUCCGCCGCUCGUCCGCCAGCAUUUACUACAUCUUCACGAGAUCAUCUUGAAAGCUAGAGAAAUGCCACUCGCUACAUUACAGCGUCAUGGGCAGCCAUUAGCGAUGCCGAAAUUGAUGCCGACACCAUUGGAACAGGACACUGAAGAUCCUUUACACUGUAUGCACGACUUGACACACUCUCAGGACAUUAGAGACGAUCUGCCAACUCUGUUGAAUACGGAUGUUAUUGAGACAUUGACGUCAAAAUCAGUACACGAAUGUAAUGGAGUCCGAGUUACAGUGAAAGACAUGCCACAAGCUCGAUUAUUCACUGAAACAGCCGAAUCAAGCAUCUCGCGAAAAUUCACUGCCAGUUUCGUCUCCCCGUACACAAGAUACAUGCGUGUGAAGGUAGCACAGGAAAUUACAGAAGCGAACCGAGUCGAAAGGUUAGGCCAACAAUCCACAGAAGAUGUACAACAGACUGAACCCGAGGCAAAGCGUGACUUAGAAGCAACGAAAGAAGAAGCAGAAGCUGUUCCCCGUAAGAAAAAGAAAUUACCAUUGAAAGCGCAAGGACUUCACAAGAAGAAGAAAUUGGGGGAUAAACGUAGUGUCAAGCGACAGGCGGCUGCCAAGGCUUCGGCAACUGCCAAUGCAUCAAACGGAGAGCCUGAUGUUGCAGGAGAGCCAUCGACUUCCAAGAAAUCAAGUCCGGAAGUGAAGAAAAAGGCGAAGAAAAACCUGAAGCGCAAUCAAGCAGAGAAUGCACAAGCAGCCAUUUUCGAACCUUUCGAUUAUUCCCAGGUUGAUUACCACGCUUUCAAAAGGAGCGCCCUUCGUGAAGACGCCGAAGGACGUGGUCGUGGUAGAGGAAGAGGUCGUGGUGGCCGUGGAGGUGGACGCGGACAUAGCAAUAAGAGAAUUCACAGAAAGAGUGGGCAAAAGAGUCUUACAUAUUCAUCUAAAUAACCAUGCACGACUUUUCGAAAUUAAUGAUUACUUGUUGUGGAUGAUCAUUUGACCCUGUUUCUCCCUUAUCGUCAAAUUUUCAAUCAUUUUGAAGUAAACAAGACACCUUUCAAAGAAA